UCUGAUGUUAUGUCUACUAGAGGAGACAAACCAAUACAAAGCCUAUCACAUACUCAGGCUGUAGAUGAAAGAAAAGGCUUGUUUGAAAAAAGAGAAGAGAUUGUAAGUUUAGUAGACAAAAAAGGAUUGCUUGAUAAUGACUGUAGGAGUAACUUUAGUCUGAGAGUGGACAUUUCAACUGACCGUGAUGUCUCGUCAGUUUCCAUUAAUGAUGAUAUGCGGCAUAUCAGUAUGGAAAUAAACAAAGAACCUGAUGGGUCUAAACUUUACAACCAAAGAGUUGGCAUCUUGACUGAUGAUACUUGUCCAUUGACGCAUGAUCAUUUACAAAAAAUCAGUGUAGUAGUUACAGACAAUAAAAACCAUAUAAGUUCAGAUUAUUGUGAAAAGUUAACAAUAAAUAAAGAACCUAUGGGAACACCAUUAAAUUACUCUUCAAUGGAAAAUACGCUGACUCAAAAUAUUCAUAUCACUUCGUCAGUUCAAUCUUCCAUAAAGACUCCAGCUACCAACAUCCCUGUGAGAAGUUUCACCAAUCCAGAAAACAUUAACUGUGAAAUAAGUACUGAACAAGCAAAACAAUCAAAGUGGUUAAUCGAGAAGAAAAAUUUGGUGUUUGGAAAUGAGAAAGGAAUGAAAAUAUCAUCAGAACAUCCAGACUAUAAAAGUAUUUUUAGCAACACUAAGAAAAUAAAACACAUUGGAGAAGGUGUGUUUGCUUGCGAGCUCAUCCCCAAAUGGAUUGAACUUCAGUUUGGGUUGGAGUCCAACAUCAGCAUCGCCAACACGGUGUACAACUUAGUGUGUUCAGAAAGGGAGCAAGACGUGGGAGCAUAUUUGUUGACACAAGUGAAGCAAUUUGCAAUGCCUGAAUUAGUAUCAGAUCUGCUCCUUCAUGUGGAAGAACCUGACCAGUUUUUGGUUCAUUUGGCUUCCAACCUCAGCCUUAUAUGUAAAUAUCACAAUGGGAAAUUGAAAGGCAACACACUCACAAUUGAGAUUAUGAACUGCAGGGAUCAUUAUUGGGCAUUUGUUGAUGUCAAUAUCAAAUAUCCCCAAAAUCUAUGUGCUACUGACAUUACUAUUUCUGAACAGAGAAUUGGGAAACUCGAGCUUUCCCAGGUGCGAAAAAUCUUUGACAGCUCUGAAAAGGGUCCUGAUCAACUGUUUAACUUCGCUGAAGCAUUAACAAAGUUGCAAUAUUAAAUGGGCAAAGUCUACUUCUUCAAGUUUACAUUUAGUGAAGUUUUAAUAUCCAGAAAUAUAUAAUUUGUCUCUCAUUGUACAAAAUAAUAUGUGCCUAUUGUUUAGUAUUAAGAUUUACAGAGAGAGCUUUUUAUUACAUUUGUUAUUAUUUCA